AUGGUGCGAGGGCUCGUUAGCCUGGAGCGGGGAAACGUCCACGGCAACCUACACCUUCAAGGUAUCCUUACGGCGGGGUUGGUGAAGUACUUUGACGACCCCAGGAAAGAGGAAGCCGCCAUGCGGAAAAGCAUCCGCCAGGCGUGCGAGUGGAAAUCGCAUGUCAAGGUCAAGAUCGUCAUAAAACGUCUGAUGCGGCAGCAGACGUUCAGCGGUAUGCUCGGGUACUGCUCGAAGGAUCAGGGGCGGCCACACUUCAAGACCUCGAGCAAAGGGGUUUCGCAGACGGAGAUAAACGUCGCCCUCGCGGAGUACCGCAAACUCCAACGUGUGUGCGUGACGGAGGAUCGAGUGGAACUCGGCAAGAAGAACUUCUGGGGUCUACUGCGUCGAUUCAAGCAAGAACACCUACGGGGCAUCUUCGUGUCCCCCCUCCAGAUGGUCACGUGGAUCAUCCAAGACCAGCAAGCCGUGCCGUCCUCAUCGUGGAUCUGCCCCAGCAGCGCCUUCCCCAUGGACGCCGCGCGUGCUGACGCCUUCGGCAUCGCCCUCUUCUGCCCAUCCUUGUUCAUCCGCAAACAUGCAUACCUGCUGUUCUUCGCGGGUGGACAAGGUGACCGCAUAAUCACGUCACACGAAGACUGGGACACGCAGGACCGGGAAUUCGCUGAUAUGACCGUCGACCAAGCGAAGGUUUGCUCGCAUGAUCACCUGGAACUGGAGGGCGCCAUGGACGCCGCCCGUGAGAGAGCCGUUCGUGAAGUCGCGAACGCCCGGCGCUAUCUUCCCGGGGUGGCCAACUUCGGCUUCGGCCCCGACUCCGACUCCGACGCAACAUCCGACGUGGGGGCCCGCGCGGCACCGCCGCCGCGAUCUCGUCGGGUGUGGGCUGGUAUCGGCCGCACAAGCAACGACUUCUCCGAGGCGAACGAGCCUCUCCCGCUCAUCGUCAGCCCGAAGUGCAUUGAACCAGGGUGUACGAACGCCGGGAACAUGGGCAUGAUCUCCUGCGGACGCUGCCAUGGUGAUCUUCACCGAGGCUGCGGAGUUUCUGGAGGCGGCAACCAUGACGACGAGUGCGACUCCUUCGUCGGCCAGCGUUGCACUCCGUGCGCAUACCCUCGGCGUGGAAAGAAAAGAGCCCGAUCCUCGUGAUGUGGGGGUCUUCACUAUUCUGCUUCAGUUGUAACAUAUUUCUUUUCGUUGACUUUUUUGGCCGGGUUGGCAUGUGUGUUCAUCUCUUCGGCGUCCCUUUCGUACGUAGUUAUCCAUUGCAUGAGCGUUUUUUUCGUCUUCCGUUUGUGUUUCAUCACCGCUGGUGGCCUUCGUCGUUGCCAUAAGGAAAGUUCUAUUGCCCUAGGAUAUCUAGCCGACCGACUGUCUUUAGCCUUUCAAGACCGUGCCGUGACGCUCGUCUCUUCCCAUUUUUUCUUUGCGCAGGUUUGUCUUGUAGUCACGAUGGGAUCAUGGCUUCUAUAGCGUUCCCAUCCCUUUCGUUCGGAUAUUUCCGUGCAGCUUGCGGACAGAUUCAUGUCGUUUGCGUGCAUGUAUUCGUGUAUUUAAUCCCCAUCCACAUAGUUUCCCUUGGUUUCUCUUGCGGUUCGUCUCCUUCGUAAGGGUCUUUAUUCAUCAUUGCCAUGUCGUGUGUUGGACUAUCCGUCGUGCUUGUGUAUGAAGGGAUAUCGUCCUCGUCCCCGGUGUCAUGCUCAAGAGUCCGAUACCGUAGGUAAUGUCGUCCACGCUCUUCACCUUUUGCAGUGCGACCGGUUAUCUCCAUUGUACGGUCGUCUCGUCGUCUCUUACCAUGUUUUAUUUCAGAUUUGUCUCUACUCACCGUGGGAUCAGGGGUUUUCUAAUAGAAGAGUUCCCGUCCCAUUCCUUAAGAUGCUUGGGUGCAGCUUGCCGACUGUUUCGUGCUGUCCGGGGCGAAGUUCGUCCGAUGGAUCCCCGUCCACAGAGGUCUCGCAAGUUUUGCGGUAGGUUCGUCUCCUGUCUAGGGCCGAUGUUCAUAAUUUGUUGCCUUGUGUGUCUUCGACUAGGCGUCGUUCUUGUGUAUGAAGGGAACCCGUCUUGGGUCGACAUGGUCGGGGGUUGCCAUAUUUCAUUGUUGUCCCGAACUCUGCCGUACACCGCGUGUCAUUCCAUUCGUCUCGGAACUGAACGUGCGUGGUUCGAAUGCGUUCCACUUCGGAGUUGCGCUAAUACAUGGUAAUUUAAACAAGC